CAUGGCUCAGUAGCUCCUGCACUCAUAGGUCAGCCUCUCAGGUUAAGUAGAGAUGGGAGUGCGAUAAGCCAGGCAUUGGCGUACUCACUCACUCAGACUUGUGCACUGCUUCACCAGGAUCAGGCUUGAUGGCGAACAAACUCUGACAGACAACAUCGGUGGGACCCAGACAGCCAUCAUCAUGGGCUCAAUGGACGAGGAGCUCACCUGCCCCAUGUGCCGUGACCUCUUCAACAAGGCCCACCUGCUGCCCUGCGGCCACAGCCUUUGCCAAUCUUGUGUGCGAGAGGCCUGGGGCCCCCGCAGUGCAGAGCAAGAUGGCAGAAAGGGCCGCUUCGUGUGCCUGCAAUGCCAGGAGGAGCAGCGGGUGGUGCUGUGCGACUGCUGCCUGCCCACAGGGGAGAAGGAUGGUGACAGUGGAAGUGAUGGUGGUGGUUGUGAUGGAGGUGAUGGUGGUGGUCGUCAGGGCCGUGCCGUGGCGGUGAAGACCUGCAUGCGCUGUGAGGUCUCCCUGUGCACCAAACACCUGCAGCCACACCUGGACUGCCCUGCCUUCAGCUCACACCUGCUGGUGGAGCCACUGGGAGACCUGUCCUGCCGCAGGUGUCCCCAGCACAAGGAGCUGUUUCGUUACCUCUGCAGCGACGAUGGCCUGUACCUGUGUGCAGACUGCAUUCUAGAAGGGGCCCAUCGCCAGCAUCGUGUCAGGGGCCUGAAGAAGGUGGAGGAGGACUUAAAGGUCACGUUAAAAGGCCUUCUACAGAAAACGCAGGAUAAAAUAAAAGAAGGAGAGAAGAUUCUCAAGGGACAUGAGAAAACAAUCCGAACAUUAUCUGAGUCUGCAGAGAUGGAUAAGGCUCAGGCGGAUAGGCUGAGCUCAGGGCUUCAGCUGCGGGUGGAGCAGCUGGUGUCGGCCCUCACAGAGAGCACCCAGCACGAGAGGCAGGAGGCCCUGCAGAGCCUACAAGAGGAUGGGGGCCGGCUGAGGGCCGACCUGACCCAGACCGAGGUCAUCAACCACUACAUCACCGCACUGCUGGAGGAGAGAGACCCCUUCCUACUUAUCUGGGCAUUACAGUGUGAUGACUCAAAACUGAUGAACGACCUGAAUUUGCCAGUGUUCAGCCCGAAGUCUGCGGACAUAGAUCGAAAGCGCAUCCUUGAGUACCUGGAGCACAAGUACCGCGAGUUCAUCACAUCGACACUGCGCUGCCUCAGCGACCUCAAGAGAGAGCUGUGUAGGUGUCUCCACUGUUACCUGGGGGAGUUCUGCUCUUCAUUCAGUUCCACUGAUCCUCUACGCCAGGGGGUUUCUCAGUCCUGUUACUGAGCCUGUCCCCCCUUGUUUUUCAUCUUUCUGCUGACCUGAAUGACCUAAUCAGCUUAAAACACAUGAUUUGAAUGAAUUUGAAUUUGAAUUAGAAAUUGCCAUUUUUGUUACAAUGACAGUCAAGUGUACUUAGACCAGGGACUAGCAGUGGGGCUUCAGAAAUAUGAUUGAGAAGCUGUGGGCUACAUCCUCUGUUUCACUUUUUUCCUUUCAACUCUCCGCCUCCACCUUGCAGUAAGUAGCCCAAUCAGCCUGGACCAAAACUCCGCCCAC